ACAUGUAGUUAAUCUGAUACUGCAUAAAUGUAGAGUGUGCGUCAUUGCUGCAUUCAGAUAUUCCAUGGAAAAGCAGUACAGUGUGACAGUGCAACUAGAACUACGUUUCCAUUCGUUCUAUUCAUCCCACAGUGUGCGGGGGUAGUAGGGCGGUCAUCUACAUGUCUGCGGUUUGGGGGAAAGAGAAAAAGGAACAAAAAAAGACUUGAUUCUCAGUAUUUUGUCGAACAUACUUCUCUACAAGAUCCUCUUCUUAGACUGAUUGAUUCCAUGUACAUGGAGUCUAUGCUCUGGUAAACAUAUUGUCUGUCUCCUGGCGCUUGUUCUUCAGAAAUUCUAUGCAGGUUAUUGUUGAUUUCUCUUUGCUUUUUGGAGCGUUGUCAUUGAUUGUAUUGGAUGAAGUGGUGUAAUCAUUGUGAAUAGUUUGUGUAGACUGUAAUUUCAGAAUCAUACCAUGGAUCUACUUUAACUUUAGGAUUUCAUAACAUUUGGAUUAUGUCACACCCCAGGGCACUUAAGAAGAAGGGCAGGAGCUGGACAUUCGUACCCUAUCCUGUGGAUAAACAAGAAGAGACCGAUUCAUCUCAAUAGAUAGUCAUCUUGCUCUAAAGCCAUUGGAAACACCUGAAUUUUGUCUUGCAUUGUUUCAUCUCCCACUAGAGGUUGGAGUACCUUUCUGCUCUUAUCAUAGUCAUCUAUCAGUGAUCACCAAGACUUAGAGUAUCCCCCAUCAUUUCUAUUCCUUCAAGGUAAAAAAAGAGAGGAAAACGGGAGGAGAAAGCUAUUGGGAUGUGAUCUCGGCUACCAUUACAAAAUUCUUUUAUUUUGGAGAUGACCAUGUAUUUGAGUUUGAAUGGGGAUGGUAGAAGCAUCAUAGGAGAUGAUCAUGUGACAUCACAUUGAUCAGGUGACAGAGUGAAGGUGGUGAGGAAGGAGUUCUUUUGGAAAAAUUCAGUUUUCAUUUUGGAAAGGAAUGAUAUUUGGGCGUUCUUGUGUAUGUAAGCUAGAUUAAAAGUUUCUGAUUAUUUUAAAGUUUCACUCUUAAUUGAGUUUGACUCAUGCAACUCACAAUGAAAUCUACGGACAUGGACACCCGAUCAGUACAGUCUGGAGGCUCACAGGCCAACAGCAUAGAUUCCACUGUCUCCAAGCACAGAAAGCAAGGAGGUGGGUUCUUUCGCUUCUGGUCAGGGCGAUCCAAACCGCGCAAGAGCAGUACCGACUCGGAUCAUAGCGGGCUUGGCACUCCACGAAGCACACGACAGGUCGGACGGUCACGAAGUGCUGCAGCCUACAUCAACAGCACCAAUAAGAAGGGGCCCGGCACAAUGGAGUGCCCUCUGUGCCUAAUGGAACGACCAAAGGAACAGUUUCCAGAGAUCAUCACUUGCGACCACCGCUCAUGUCGGGAGUGCUUACGUCAGUACCUGAAGAUUGAAAUCACAGAGAGUCGAGUGAACAUUGCAUGUCCUGAAUGCGCAGAGCCUCUUCAUCCGAAUGACAUUAAACUCGUGUUGCAAGACAGUGCUCUUAUGAAUAAAUAUGAGGAGUUCACAUUACGGAGACUACUCAUGAUGGACCCAGAUUGUCGAUGGUGCCCGGCGCCAGACUGUGGAUUUGCUGUAAUAGCCACUGGUUGUGCCAAUUGCCCUCAGUUGUCCUGCCAGCGCCAGGGAUGCGGAACAAGUUUCUGCUAUCACUGCAAGCAGAUAUGGCACCCUAACCAAACCUGCGAUGCAGCCAGACAACAACGCAUGGGAAUCAUUCGUAAAACAUCACUUAGUUACAGCCAAGGUUCAUCAUCACAGGAUCAAAUCAAACAGUGCCCUCGUUGUACAGCAUUGAUCAUCAAGUUGGAUGAUGGUUCAUGUAACCACAUGACAUGUGCUGUAUGUGGAGCUGAGUUCUGUUGGCUGUGUAUGAAGGAGAUAUCAGAUCUACAUUAUCUCAGCCCCUCUGGAUGUACUUUCUGGGGUAAGAAGCCAUGGAGUCGUAAGAAGAAGAUCCUAUGGCAGCUUGGGACUCUAGUAGGAGCUCCAGUUGGUAUAGCACUGAUUGCUGGAAUAGCUGUUCCAGCUAUUAUUAUUGGGAUUCCAGUAUAUGUUGGGAGAAAGGUGCAUGCAAAGUAUGUGAGUAUGCCGAGACAUCGUCGCAAUCUAGCUAUUGCUGGGAGUGUAUCACUGUCUAUCAUUGUAUCACCGGUGAUUGCUGCCCUCACAGUUGGAAUUGGUGUGCCUAUCAUGCUGGCGUAUGUAUACGGAGUAGUGCCUGUCUCACUCUGUCGUAGCGGUGGAUGUGGGGUUACUACUAGUGAAAGUGGAGGUGUACGCAUUGCCCUAGAUGAAGAGAACGAUAUUGGUAUCAUUGGAGCAGACAACAGAUCAGAAAACAACCCAGAGGUGAACAGCGUUGCGGCAAAUGCAAGUAUAGGAGAGGCAAGUGUCCUGAAUCGGGAGAGCACAAGUCAUCUAGAGGUUGCAGGGGUUAUCACUGAUGAUACAGUGAGUGACAAUGCUAGUACAAGGGCUAUUGCUGGGGCUAGUCUUACAGGAAGUCUGUCAGGCAGUGGAGGAGUGGGGCCGCUUGUUCUUAGCCAACACAGGAUGGAUAUCCAUAAUGAAGUAGUUGGUAAGAGACUAAGUCUAAGUAGUGAGACAGCCUUUGAUGCCUAUUCUGCAUCUUCUAAUGAUAGAGAUUACCAAAGUUCAAAGAAAGGAGCAACCACCAACACACCACUAGAAGUUCAUGUUGACAUUGAGGGACCCUCCUUUCCUAUAUCUCGCCACAACAGCAGUGGAAGUAGUAACAGUACUGACCAUGGUGUUCCAGGGACCAGCGGAUCUUCUAGGACAUCCACAUCCUCCCUUCGCCAUACUGCUAACAUUGAAGAGGACUUUAGUGGCCGUGGGAAUGAAGGGGACGUAUGGGAGCUAAAGACCAGUGCCAAUUCACCUGUUAUGGUUGCAAGGGGCGCAACAGCUUCCGCCUGCUCCUCCAACACCACAACAACAAGUGCCAUGCGCAAGAGCAAGAGUCGUUCACGUAGCGGGAAGCGCAGCAGCGUCAAGAUCAGCGAUCGCAUCUCUGAAGCACCCUCCCCCUGUCCUGAUUCAGUAAGCAUCAAUGAUUCCUUGAAUUCAGAGUUGAGUGCCGUAAUUGCAGACAGUGAGUGUCACUCUGAGACAAGCUCAUCAUCCAAUGUGGAUGCAUCAUUGCCAUUGGCUGAAUCAAAGCUGAAGGGUGAUUUAUCAAGCAGCACUAGCUCCUCUCAUGGGUUCCCUUUGAAUGCUAAGGAUAGUCAAUCUUCGCUCACAGAGGUGGAGAAUGAUCGGCCUGGAAGUGGGAUGUUAAUACGUGAUGUGUGUCACUCUUCAUCUAGCUCUGUUAAUGUGUCUUUAAAUAGAGUCAUCACUACAGACUUGUGAUAAGUAGUGUGUAUGUGACUUGGUUAUGGGGCCAUUCACACUGCUAUACAAGUUUUAUCAAUGCUGAUUAUCACAUGUUAUGGUGUAAACCAGUGUUGUACUCUUAUUUAGGCUUUGGUUUAUCAUCUAUCCUGUACUUAAGAAGUAAAGAGUAUUAUCUAGUCAAGUCAUAUGAAGUCUCUAUAUUGUUCAAAUGUCACUCUGAUUUGAAUUAUAAUUUAUCAAUGGUGAUGUUGAUGGUCCAUUUGUAAGAUCGCUUGCGUUUAAAAGCAACUAUAAAAAUAAAGUGCAAGGCCCAAAUGUGCAUUUUUAAUUGGUUGAAAAUUAAGUUGCCUUUUAGUUACUUUUAAAUGGAAGGGGCCCUUUGCAAAAUACCACUGAGGACCUUUGAGCCUGUUGCUGAAAAAGUUCCCUCAUGCUUCAAAAGGAUAAUUUUUAAAAACACAUAAAUUCAGCUUUCAUGAUCACUACAAAUUCAGAAAAGUGGUUUUAUAUCUGACAUGUGAUGAUUAUCCCUAUUGAUGAAAUCAGUUCUUGUAAAAUCAUCUCAAGGAAGCACCACCAUCUUCACUUUUUUUUAAAUGAAGUAAAUGAAAAGAACAUAAACCACAUCAGAAAUGUAUGAUAAAAUUGGUCAGGCUUGUUUGAACAUGCAAAGGUCAUUAGUUGGCAAAAACAUAUCCAGUUGUAAUAUCUCUGGCACAUUACGAGUUAAAAAUAUUUAAAAGUCAGAUCCAAUUGCUCAGGAUAACUUGUACAAAAUUGACUUUGACUCGUUUGAUCUAUGCCUGAGAUUUGUUUGACUUGGGUAUACAGAAAAUGUGUAGUAUGCCAGUUUCAACUUGUCUCCAUUGGAUUAAACAUAAUUCAUAAUCAGAUUGGCAUGGAUAAAUUGCACUGGAUUCUCUUUUAAAUAUAAAAUAUAAUUCAUAGUAAUAUCUAAAUAUUGCUUUGCCUAGAUUGUAAAGCAUUUUUAACAUGCCUGUUGUAUGUUUCUUUGAAUUCCUACACAUGUUUACUAUUUACGAACCAGCAAGUAUUGAUUGACAACUCAUAAAUAAUUCGGUUCAGUUUUGAAACAUUUUACAUACAGCCUUAUGUGUAAUAAAAUAAUUUCAGGAGUUAGGGUUUAACUCUAGUAUACUUGUAGUUACAUCUGGAUGUUUUAGUGCAAUGUAAAUGACCAUUUCAGCAAAAAUAUGUUAUAAAACUAAAGACAAAUUAUGAGUUGGAAACAGUGGACUUUUCAAGCUUUGCUCCUUUUGACAUUGUUAGCUCUCAUAAAUGUCUUGCUCAUUGUACAUUCAUCCCCUGUAUCAUAUAUUGUCAUAAGAUUAAAACCUAAAGUACAGUAUAUGUGUAUCAAGCUCAAUGUUUAGUAUCAUAUACUGCAUACACAGUAGGUAUUCUAUGGUAAAUUGAGAUCAAACAUCAUUUUUUAAAUCAAAGUUGAUUGUUGAUUGUAUCAAUAUAUUCAUGUAAGCCUUUACACUUUUGUCUGAAAUUGAUGUAGUUCAUAUUGUUGUUUCCAACUUUGCAGUUACAUGUGUAUGUAGCUUUUGUUUAAAGACGCAAUCAGUGUACCGUAAUAUUAUUAAAAGAGGAACUCAUUAUUUUGUUUUAAAGAGUUGCAUUUAAUACUCGCUCCCUCUCUCCCUCUUUCUCCUCUAAAUGCUUGUGGGGGAAUAGAAUAGUAUACUUAAAGGGGUAGUUCAGCCUGACUAAUAGUUCGAUGUCAUAUGCGAGCAACUGCCACACAUAGUUAGUGAAUAUGAAUAUAAAUAGAAGCAUGCUUGAUAUGUCUACUAAUAUAUAAAAUGAACAAGUAAAACCCUUGUCUUAAAAGAAAAAGACAGUUCAUGAAAUUUUAUAUCACAUGGCAUAUGGGGAGCUGCUCGCAUGUGACGUCCAAAAAAAAAUUGUUAAAACUGUUAAAAUCAAUAAUACAUUAUUCUUUUUUAGAGAUUUUUUGCCAAACCAUCGUAAUGUUUGUUUUAUCUGUUUUCACUAAAAUCAACUUUGCGCAAGGAUAAAUUCCCCCUUUGAAAUAUAACAUGGCACAGCCCAGACAUAAUAACUAUUCUGUAGUGCACAAGAGAGUCCAGAAUAAGCAAUUAAGCAUUGAUUUGUGAGGUUGACCUUUACCGGGCAUUGAGUCUUAUUCUUUGCUGAUCCUUAAUUUACACCUAUUUUAGACAAGAGAAUAAGUUCAAAUAUAGUGAAUGAAUUUGAUGCCUUUCUAUAUACACAAAGAAAAAUAGAAAUUGAUUGUGAGUUUUAAACUAGGGUCUGUUGUGACUGAAACCUUGAUUUAAAUUGAGCUGUAAUGUGUAGCAUAAGUCUCCAGUAUUUUUAUUUCAUGUAAAAUGUCUUGUAGAGGUAUUAGUACUGGAUUGUAUAAAGUAUAGUAUUUGUAUAUAUGUGUCAUGAAAAUUGGAUGUUAUAGCUUUGUUUUUCUUUUUUUUCCAGAUGUUCUAAUGCAACAGAAGUUUAUGGGCUCUGAGAGUCUUAGUGUCAUAUUUGACAAUUUUUUUUGUUUAACUAAUCUUUGAAAUUAUCUAUCAUAUAAUGAAAAAUAAUGCAUACUAUUUUAUGUUGAUUAAAAACUGUCACAAAUUACCAUUAAGUGAUUACCUGUAUAAUAGAGUUUGUUUUCUUCCCAUUUUUGGUUAAUGCCGAAAUAGGAUAAGAUAUAGUACUGAUGAUUAUGUGUUUUAAUUGAUUGUGAAAAUGGAUGACACGUUUAGAAGUAAAUGUUAAGUAUGUUGUGUAUAUUUGUGCUUUUAUUAUUUCUGAAAAUUGACAUGCUUUGUUGGCUGAGAUAUAUUAGUGUCAUGAUGUACAUUUUGAGAUUAUACAAAUGCUACAUUUAGUGGUGAUAAGAUUUUAAAACUCCUUACAAUUCUAUGGUACGGGUUGAAAGUAUUUAACAUACCAAGUCUAGAUGUGUUACAUUAAGAUAAUUCAUGAUACUGGGUAUCAAUACUCGUUACACGUAUUAAAAGUAGAAUGGGUAAUUAUCUUCUUUUUUUAAUCUUUGUUUAUCUUUAUUUUUGUUCACAAUUCUUUGAUUGUAUACAUCUUUAAAAAAAAAAAAACUUACAAUGCAAUGGCAGGAAACAAUAAUUCUAUAAUAAUUUUCUCUGUGAGCCAAGUUCUUACAUGAUGUUGUGACGUUGGUUUUUGCCAUGAUAGCUUUCCAGUAUGGUAUUUGAGGGGAAUAUGUGUGCUGAUUUGCAGAUAUGUUGAGCUACAGUAGGUUUUGAAGCUUGUUGAAUGACACUGUCAAUGUAUUGUUAGCGAUACAGUAUGAGAUUAGCAACAUAUGAAUGAUGGCCUGAUGCUUGGAUUUUCACUCAAAAUUAAAAAUAUAUAUAAGGAGAAAAUGGAACAGUUUUGAAAGCCAUCACAUGCCUGACCAAAAUACUUCUACUUUUAAAGAAUUCAGUUUAUGCUGAUUGCAACAAUCAAUGUAUUAUUUCUACAUAGAUUACUUUGCAACAGAAGGAUAUAUAGAUUAUUUUCAGAUUAUUCUUUUAUUUUAUUUUGCAAAUAACAAGUAUAGUUUUAACAUGAAAGUGAUAUGCACUGUUGAUAUGAUGUCUAUGUAUAUAUGUUUUGCUUACAAAUGUUUCAUUUGAAAGAGCAUUAUAGAGCUUUAUUCAUUGAACUAUAUUCAUGUAGCCUUCAUACUCACAGAUAGAGUACAGAUAUAGUGUUUCAUGGAUGUGGUAUUUAUUACUCCCAGAUUAUGUAUCAUUUACUGUAGGGUAUUACUUAAUCCUUUUUAAAUCACUAGCUUCAUAGUUCAUGAGGGUCACCAUUUGCCUAAUUUUCCUAAAAUUAAAAUGUACCCAUGAUCUUAAAAAAAGAAAUAUAAAAACAAUGAAAUUCAAUGCAGGUCUGUCAUGAUUUUUCUUAAUCAUUGAAAUUAAAUAUUGUUUGAAUUUAAGUUAAAAUCUGUACAAAAUAAUUAAGAUUUGAUCAAUGCUCAUUUUAAAUGUUACACGGUACAUGUAUCUGUAAAAUCUAGGAAUAUCUUUUUAUGGUAGUAGAUUUUAUUAAUUUGUUUUGUUUCCCAAUGGCAUUAUGUAUUUUAGGACCCCCAAUUCUCUUUUUGGAGGAAAGGAUAUGAAUGUUUACAAUUCAAAGCUCUGGAUCAUAUAAUUUAUUAAUUUGAAUUUUCACUCAAUAGGGAAAUGUUGUUUCAGACAUGUUUUUGUUCAAGUUCAUGCCUAUUUUCCAGUUGGAAAGUCUUGGGGUCUGUGUAUUUAUGUACAUCAGUGCGUAUCUGUUUUAACUUAGUUCUACCUUAGUAAAGUUAAUGUUUUAUGAUGUGUUGAAAUUAUCAGGGAACUUAUGAUUCUGGGAUAUAUUAUGAAAUAAAAACAAGUAGUUAUCAAUCAAUCUUUCUACUUACAAAAUGAUUUAUUUCUUAUUAAAGUUUCCCAUGAUACAGUAUAGCAUUUAACUGACCCCUUUGUUUGGAUUUUUUAAUGCUGUUGAAUAAUGUAUGUAAACAUGAUAUUAAAGGAUUCAUGUACACAGAAUUCACUUUUUAUUUAUAGCAAUUUCAUCUAAUGUAAACUCUCAUAGUAGUACUUGUACAUGUGAUACCUUGCUAUUCAUUGAAAUGCUUUAUAUUAAAUGCUUAAUGGUCUUUUAUUAUGUAAAACUGAUUCGCUAUUUUCUUUUUCUACAUGCUAAACCAGAUGAAAGAAAUGCUGUAUUCUGUGGCAUAAAAUGGCGGUUUAUGCAUAUUGAUUGUGAAGGGGAAAUGUAAUCUAUUCUCAAUGAAUUACUGCUUUUGGUGAAAUAUCUCAUUAUUUAGGAAAUUCAGUGCUUCGUUAUUGACUUAUUUGUUAACAUGGAUGCACAGAUAUUAAAGGGAGUGAUUAAUCACGGGUUUUGUUCUUUGUAGUGUCUUAUAGAGUGGAAUCAGUGGCAAGUAUUCUUUGUGCAAAAAAAAAGGUUAUUUCUCUGAAGAAAAAAAACAAAAUGUUCAAUUGAAACAAGUUAUGUAUGUAUCGAGUUUUGAAAAAAUACACAUCUUGUGAAAUCAA